AUGCACGCAAUCCUAUGCCUAGGAGCCACUCAUCUCUCCUUAGUUACACCAGACGGAAGUAAAUACACAACUCUAGCCGUCACCCACCGCGGCCAGGCGCUGAGAACGCUAGGCAGCCAGCUAGCCAAAGGAGACCAAUGUAGUAAAACCGAGCUCGACCUAAUGCUAGCAACAGUAUACGCGCUCACAUUCCAAGCCAACUACAUGGCAGACGGACUAUUCGAUUUCGCCAUCAUGGUCCGCGGCUGCAGCAUCAUAACCCGGCGGAUCCUGAACAAAUACAAAAGAAGCGACAUGUUCACAUUGCUCACGUCAGAUCUUAUCAUUACCAACAUCGUGCCACAGCUUCCUCUCACGCCAUAUGCUGAUAGUGAGGAUCUCAACAGAUCCAUUGAGACAUUGGAAAGCAUCGAACCAUUGUUACUGAGUGACAGUCACCGCAAUGCUUACAGUGCUCUGUUGAAUACGUAUAACGCAUUAAAACGCUCGGAGCGCGAUGGCUUCGUUGCUUUUACGGGGUUCUAUGAUGAUUGGGGCAGGAUGAGUAAUCGCGAGUUCAUGGAGUUUCUUGAUCCGGGGAAUUAUGUCUCGCGUAUUCUGUUUUUGCAUUAUGUGGUGGUGUCGAUUAUGUUGCAGCCGGUGUUUCGGAUCCUGAGGAAACCGAGGAUGUUGGUGUUUCCGAAGGAUGAGCUGCCGCUGCUGCAGAGGGGGGUUUAUAUUUAUGAGUGCUUGCCUUCUGAGAUUGGAUUGACACAAUAA